UAGGUGGCCUAAAUCUAGCUCGCUUGGUUCUAUCCAGUCCACCUGGUUGCUUCUUCACUCCAAAAACUCACGCUCGCCAUGGCCAUUACCAUGGCCUCGACCUCCUCCCCUGUCGCCGCCCUGAAGCACCCCCAUUUUCUAGACUCCAAGCCCCUCAAGCCUCUCAAACGCGCGAGAACCCGCUCAUGCGCCCUCGCCGACGCCGACGCCGCCGCGGCCGCCCCCCGCACGUCCCAAGCGGAGCUCCGGCCGGACUCUAAAAACGCGCCCGCGCUCUCCGCUGAGAUCCGCCGUCUCGUUCGUGCAGGCCGCCUUCGCUCUGCGCUCUGCCUCCUCGACCAUUUAUCCCACCGCGGCGUCCCAGCGAGCCCCUCAGCCUUCACUGCUCUCCUCUCCGCAUGCCGCUCCCUCGCCCACGCCCGUCAGAUCCACGCCCACCUCCGUGUCCACGGCCUUGACUCCAAUGAGUUUCUCCUAGCUAGGCUCGUCGAGGUUUAUCUUGCGGUCGGUGCUGCUGAGGAGGCCCGCCAGGUGCUCGGCGGUUUGCCCAGGGCCAGUGCCUUCUCGUGGAAUGCUUUGCUCCACGGGCACGUUCGCAGGGGGCGGAGAGAGGCAGGGGAUGCUGUCGCUGGCGGGUUUGUGGAGAUGCGUGCUGCUGGGGCUAAUGCGAACGAGUACACGUACGGCUGUGUCCUCAAGUCCAUCUCUGGGAGUGCCAGGCCAUCCAUGGUCAUGGCCACCGCCACACACGCCAUGCUGGUCAAGAAUGCAUUUGCAGGUGCGCCGGGCAUGCUGAUGACUGGCCUCAUGGAUGUCUACUUCAGGUGCGGGAAGGUGAAGCUGGCGAUGAUGGUGUUUGAGGAAAUGCCAGAGAGGGAUGUUGUUGCAUGGGGGGCAGUGAUUUCUGGGUUCGCACACAAGGGGAUGAAGAGGGAGGCACUGGAGCAUUUCCGGUGGAUGGUGGAAAAUGGAGUCAAGGUGAACUCGGUGGUGCUCACCUCAAUCGUGCCAGUUAUUGGUGAUUUACGUGCACGGAACUUAGGGAGGGAGAUUCAUGUGUUGGUGCUGAAGAAGUUUCCAGACCGUAAAGAUGUAGCAAAGGUCCACGCAGGGCUGGUAGACAUGUACUGCAAAUGCGGCGAUAUGGUCUCUGGGAGGCGAGUGUUCUAUAGCACCAAGAAGAGGAAUGCUGUCUCAUGGACAGCAUUAAUGUCUGGGUAUGCAUCCAAUGGGAGGCCAGAUCAGGCGCUGAGGUGCAUAGUUUGGAUGCAGCAAGAAGGAAUCCGACCAGAUCUUGUUGCGGUUGGUACUGUUCUCCCAGUAUGCACAAAAUUGCGAGCAUUGAGCGAGGGGAAGGAAAUCCAUGCAUAUGCUUUGAGGAGGUGGUUCCUGCCAAAUGUCUCAUUAUGCACUUCACUCAUCACCCUGUACGGUGCAUGCUGUCAUUUAGAAUACUCUCGCAGGGUGUUUCAUGCUAUGGAUAAGAAAACUGUACGAGCUUGGACUGCAUUGGUUGAUGCCUACCUAAAGAACAGAGACUCUUCAACUGCUAUUGAAGUGUUUAGAUCAAUGCUGCUGUCGAACCGUCGGCCUGAUGCUGUUGCCAUCACCAGGAUACUGAGUGCCUGCUCUGAUAUUGGAGCAUUACAACUCGGCAAGGAAGUUCAUGGUCAGGUGUUGAAGUUGCGGAUGGAACCUCUCCCGUUAGUUGCGGCAGAACUUGUUAACAUGUAUGGCAGGUGUGGGGACCUGAAGGCAGCACAGAGGGUGUUCAAUCGAACAGAGUCCAAGGGAUCCCUGACGUGCACUGCAAUAAUAGAAGCUUAUGCAAUCAACCAGCGGCACAAGGAGGCACUGGAUCUCUUUUCAUGGAUGCUGUCAAAUAACUUUGCCCCAACUAUUGUCACCUUCAAUGUGGUUCUGAGAAUCUGUGAUGCAGCAGGAUUGCAUGAUGAAGCUCUCGAGAUUUUUGACUCCAUGGUACAAGGGUACAACCUGGAAGCAUCUGAAGAGAAUUAUGACUGCAUCAUCAGCCUUCUUACUAGUGCUGGCAGGACUGCCGAAGCACAGUGUUUUGCUGAUUUGAAAGCUGCACUGUUUAGUUCACCUGCUCCUUUUUUGGAUUUUGAACAGCACUAAUUUUGUAAAUAUAAUUUUUGUCCUCCAUUCUAAUAUUAAUAGAAGAUUUGUCAAAAUGAUACUGAUAAGAA